AUGACUCCACUUUUGCAAGCGGAGGCAAAAAUGAACACAAGUCUCUGCCUCACGCAGAGCAACCAACAACAUGAAUUCCACCUCAGCAGCCCUCAGUCAUUCUAUUCACCCUCGGCGCCCCACAGUAACAAUAACUCUGACAUCUUCAGCUAUAGCACCCCCAACAACAGUGGAGUGUGUUCUAAUGAUGAGUUCACCGAUCAGAAAGAUUGCAUGAACACCAUAAUGUAUAAAAAUAAUAUCAGUAAGACGUUCAAGGACGAUAUCUUCUAUUGUCCAAGAAGUUUGCUGACCCCGGAAGAACAAGUUGUAUAUCAGGAGAUUGACAAGUAUUACAUGGAACAUGCCUUAUUGACCCAAUUGCAAAUAUCCCAACCAUAUUCUUCUUCCACUCCAAAGGAGGAAAAGACUGUCAAGUUCAAUCCCUACACUUCGAAGAGCUUCAGUCCCGCCUCUUCUGAAUGA